GGCGGGCGAGGGCUUCCGGCGGCGCGGAGGCGGCGCUGCGCGGGUCCGGGAGCGGCGGCCCCGGGAACGCAGUAGAAGUCUCUCUUCAAAUGAUCGCUGCGAUAAAACCCGGAUGUAGACGGCGAAUACAAGCACACCUGCUCUAGUUGAGUGCAAGCUCAGGGGCUCGGAGCCCCCCGGCCUGCAUCCCCGUGCUCCGGGAGGCCGCUGUGGAACCUCGAAGAGCCUCACGUCCCUGCAGACCAGUCUAGAAGCUCUGCCCCCUGCCCAGGACGAUGUCUGGAGAACUUCCGCUGAACAUCAACAUCAAGGAACCUCGAUGGGAUCAAAGCACAUUUGUGGGACGAGCCAAUCAUUUCUUCACUGUAACUGAUCCCAGGAAUAUUUUGUUAACCAACGAACAACUAGAGAAUGCAAGAAAAAUAAUACAUGAUUACAGACAAGGAAUUGUUCCUCCAGGUCUUACAGAAAACGAAUUAUGGAGGGCAAAGUACAUCUACGAUUCUGCUUUUCAUCCUGACACUGGCGAGAAGAUGAUUUUGAUAGGAAGAAUGUCAGCCCAGGUGCCAAUGAACAUGACCAUCACAGGCUGUAUGAUGACAUUUUAUAGGACCACGCCGGCUGUGCUGUUCUGGCAGUGGAUUAACCAGUCCUUCAACGCCGUGGUCAAUUACACCAACAGAAGUGGAGACGCGCCCCUCACUGUAAAUGAAUUGGGAACGGCUUAUGUUUCUGCAACAACGGGUGCUGUGGCAACAGCUCUAGGACUCAAUGCAUUGACCAAGCACGUCUCACCACUCAUCGGACGUUUUGUUCCCUUUGCUGCGGUGGCUGCUGCUAAUUGCAUUAAUAUUCCAUUAAUGAGACAAAGGGAACUCAAAGUUGGCAUUCCUGUCACCGAUGAAAAUGGGAACCGCCUGGGCGAGUCGGCAAAUGCUGCCAAACAAGCCAUCGCACAGGUAGUCAUCUCCAGGAUUCUCAUGGCAGCCCCAGGCAUGGCUAUCCCUCCAUUUAUCAUGAACACUUUGGAAAAGAAAGCCUUUCUAAAGGUAAGCCCCAAUUCUGUUGAUCAUUGUCUCACUCUUUCAAUUCACUUUCAGACUUCAAACUAUACAGAUAUUUCCUCCUACAUAAGUACUGAGUAAAGAAUUCGGGGGCUGGUUACAUUUGCUCACUUAUGCAAAUAAAAAGAUGUUUCCAGAAACAUUUUGUUUCUAAUCUCAGAUAGUUGAAAAAGCUCUCAUAAAUGCAGACUGCUCCCCACUUCUGUUGAGAAGUUGUCCCGCAGGUACAUGCUUAGCUUAGUCAUCAACUGGAUGCUUCGCUAGCUAACAAUGAAGAGGUGGUGUGAAUUUGGAAUUCCAUGUUUAUAACUCUCUAUACAUACUAUCAGAAAUGAAGAAAUAAUAUGGAGUAGUAGCUUCAUGGAACACUGAAUUUAGUAUCCUGAUGUAUUUUUCUUUGGUGAUCUUAUCUAAUGAUUCAUUAAUCUAGCAGCUGCCUCCCCUCAAGGUCUAAAAAUAUUACAGGAUGAAUUUGUAACCAAGGAAUGUCCAUGCACUGUAUACAUUCUUUCUGCAUUGCUUUUUGUAGUUUCCAUGAUUUAAUACAAUAGUAUUUAUCCUUCACGUUAGUUUUCCAAUUCUUGUAACAAGUAGGAGACAGUGGCGUAGGGUGACUCAUUGGGCUCAUGCUGUUUGGGAAGUGACACCAUUAGAUCUGCCAGGAGAAAUGGGUCAGGCUCCUCGCUGGAGGGGCAGCUGUGUUGUGGUGAAGACCACAGCUCCCUUGGAGUGAAUUGUUUUCAGUCUUAGAACCGUGCCAUCGAUGGGACACUAGAGCUUUGAAAAAAGGACAUAGUUCUCAGACCAAGCCCUUCCUGAAUGAUUUCAGUGAUUGAGAAAAUUCUAAAUGUCAACAGGUGUGUUCAUGAAGCUGUAACCCUCCCUGUGGGCCGCAGAUGGAAAACUAAGGCCAACACUAAGUCAACACUUCCUAAACACUCUUAGUACAAUCACAUUUUUCGAAAAAUAAGCUAAGAAGUUUGCUAUGAAGAAACAGUGCUGUCGAGCAUCUCAUUUGACUGACACACCCAGGUUGUUACGUGUUAAUGCACCAACCCCGUGGGAGUGAAAAGGGCCCCUCUCUGCAGCGCCCCCUCCUAUUGUCUCUUGGAAACGUUAGGAAUCUGGAAGCCUCACAUUCCAUGAGCUUCCUCCUGUUGCAGUCUUACACAACACUAUGAAGUGUUAGGUAGAGCGUCACAGUGGCUCUGCAUUGACCGAAUGGUCCCAGUGCUCCUUGUCCUCAUAGGGAAUCCAGAGACCCCUGGGCUACCCCAGGAAGCUACACCCUCAAAAACCCUCUGAGUCUCCAUCCAUCUCCUUUGUGGGUUUUUGACAGCCUUCGUUGUAAGAUUAAGCAGAAAUACAAAGCAGUUACGUGUAUUUAAGCGGUAAAGCUAUUAGUGUGGACCAACAUGUAACUGUGCCUUGUUUUACAUGUUACCUACUUCGUAGCUCUUGUUCUGAUGAUUCUUGAAAAAGUUUUCCAAAGUCAUUUUCUGCUGCAAGGUUUCGAAAAGAUACAUCUAACCUCCGCCUCCCACUGAAUUUAAGCAAAAGCAGGUUUUUUAAAGCAAGACCAGAUUUCUGGGUAGGUACAGGGCUUGGAAACCGUCAUCUUACCAUGUUAGUUUGUCUGACGUGAAAGUGACAGCUUUUACGAAAGAAGAGAAGUAACAGGUUUUGCGAAAGAAGAGGGGUAAAUGCGGAUCAUUGCACCCAUAGGAUAGCAGGGUUCCAAUUGCGUGAAUUUGCAGGUGACUGUGAAAGCAGUGAGGAGGCCGCAUGCCCACUGUGGAGGCUUCCCCAUUCCUUUCUCUCUGCCUCUCAGAGCCACCCAGCGCCCAGGUAGCAGAGGGGUCCAGCAGCUGGGCUCUGGAGCAGAGGCUCUGAAUCUUGCCUCUUGCCACUGCUGCUGGGACGUUAUUCUGUGGUGUCUAGCUCCAGCCUGUGGAUGUUGGGCACACUCUGGCUGCUAACAUGUGUCCUGAUCAUGGCUUGGGAUUCCAGAAAUUCUCUAAGAAAGUCUACAAUUGUACCUACAUUAACGCUGAAAAGUUAGGUCACCGGGGAAAACUUGAUUCUCCCGAUUCAGGCGUUCCUUCGAACUCCUGGGAGCUCAGUGCUGUUGGCAGAGUUGCCGCAGUUACUCUAAUCUCUCAGUGACAAACACUGAAUAGAAGACAUAGUUGGUCACACUGCAUAAUUUUCUUGCUGUGACAGACAGAAAUUGCUAUAGACACAGCCUGGCAUUUUCUUACAUGAAGGAACCAGCAAAUGAUACAAGCGGUUAGCUACCAUUGCCACACUCUCCUAGGCUUUUUCACAAUAAUAAGUGAAUACAUCUUUUGUUUUCCUUCCUCGUGUUAGUUUGCGGUUUUUAGCUUUGCUUGAUACCGUACCCUUCAGUAAUAAUUUGGAGAUGUGCCAUCUUGCUUCCCUUUCCCAAAGAAGCCCUCUGCCUGCCCCGGCCCACCCCCCCAGAGCCAGAAGGGGCCACUGGCUGUAGAACCUCCGUGACAAGGUUGGGAGGAAGGAUCAGAGUAGCUGGUGCGUGAGUCCGAGUGCCUCGCUAGCUGCAGGGGGUCUGGCUGGAGCUAUACUCCACAGCUCAGUGGAGGAUGUUGCUUUGAAAACGUAGCAGCUAAAUGUUGUUGAGCUCCUCAUACACACGUACCACUCCCAAGUUCGUGGUUGCCGUUACACUGAAAUACGGCAUUCUGCCCAUGUGGAGAAGACCGUAAGACUUAAUUGAUAGUGUAGCCAUUACAAAAACAUAGGCAGAGUCGGCUUAUAUUAACUUCCAUAUGUUUCCAUCUCCAAAGCAUUUUCACGUGCUAUUUUGAAAGGCAGGCUUUCCCGAGCGCCCUUACAAAGUCCCGGAGACGGUCCUCGGUGGCUCAGAAUGUCCACGUGGGUGGCGUCUGCCUCGGUCGGCUCGGCUCUCUGGUUGUUCCCAUAGCUCUGGAGGCCACAUGUGCCUCUGCAAGGAUGUAAUUAUCUGGGCUUUUACCUUGGGCGUGACCCAACUCGUCUGCAAACACAAGGCCGAUUGAACAUUCUUGGCUUUUUAAGUGGGGAGCCUGGGGAGCUUUCGGCAUGACUCAUCCUUCCCCUCCGCCUUAUCUUUGCCCAAGUGCAGUGCUGGAAGAAAGCAGCAGCUGCAGGCAGGUGGCUCACGGCAAUCUGUGCAGUAAACCAAAAAGUUCACUGCCUGAAAUCUGGUACUUCAGAACAGUCUUCAGGAAGAAGAGCUCCUGUGGUCUCCUUACCUUGCUGGCACUCUCACUGGGAACAAAACUGAUAUGGUUUGGGUGAGAGAACAGUUCCUCAUUCCUUAGGUUCUAGUUCUCUGUCCCUAUAAUAAAGGUAGGCCGCUCCGCCUACUCGGUAGGUUGUCAGGAUUGUCUGCUAAUUGAGUGUGAAUGUAGCAUUUCUUUGUUCAUUCAUUCAUUUAUUCAGCAGCCCUUUGCUGAAUGCCUUGCAUGCCAAGCAACAUGCUAGUGCUGGAGUCAUAGAACAGGGCUUGAGCCCUGCUCUCAGGGGCCUUAUAGCACAGUGAUGGGAAGAGGCACAGGGAGUGGCUCCGAUGCACGGUGUCUACAGCACAGGGCUCAGAGCAAGUAGUGGAGGCGUCUCCCCCGACUGCAGGAGAGGGCAGAGACUUGAAGAGGUCCGGCCAAUGGCACAUGCUCUGCAGAAGCUCAAAGGGGAGACAGAGCAUGGCUUGUAGGGAGACUUGUGGAUGGUCAGGUCCUAGGAUGUGGGCCAUGUGUAGGAAAUUGACUGUAGCAUAUAUAAAAGUUAAUUUCCAAUGAUUCAUAGACUGCAAAUGUAAAAAUCUACAAUUGUCAAACUGCUAGAAGAAAAUAUACUAGAACAUCUUUGAGACCUAGAGUUAGGCAAAGGUUUCUUAGACACAACCAUAGUAACAUAGUACAUAAAAGAAAAAUUGACAAAUUGGACUCCAUCAAAAUGUUAAAAUUCUGAUGUUUGAAAACUACAAAGAAAAUGGAAAGACAAGAAACAGACUGCGAGAAAAUUUAUGUAAAGCAUGUAUCUGAUAAAGGAGCUGCAUCCAGGAUGUGUAAAGAGCCCUCAACACUCGUUCAAAAAAACAGCUCAAUAAACAGAUGGGCAAAGUGUUUGAACAGACAUUUAACCAAAUAUAUGCAGUUUUCAAAUAAGCACGUGAAAAGAUGCUCAGUAUCUUUAGUCAUUGGGGAAAUUCACGUUAAAACCACAUUAGCUACCACUCAACCUAUUGGAAUGGCUAAAAUUAAAAAGACUGACUAUAACAAGUGUUGUGGAGGAUGCAGAGGAACUGGUACUCUUGUCUUCUGCUAAUGGAGCUGUAAAAUGGCACAACCACUUUGGAAAAUAAUCUGGCAGUUCCUUAAAAGGUUAAACAUAUGCUUACCAUGUGAUGCGGCCCUUUCACUUCUAGGUAUUUACCUGGGAGAAAUGAGAGCAUGUGUCCAGAAAAGACAGACCUUCACAGCGGCUUUAUUUGCAGGAAAGACUGGAAACAACCCAGAUGUUCUUAGCAGGAGAGUGGAUUAUCAAAUUGUGGUACAUGCACACAAUGGAAUACCCAACUCAGCAGGGAAAAGCAAUGAACUGUUGACACAUGCAGCAACAUGAAUGAGUCUCAAAAGAAUUAUACAACAGAGUAGAUGCUCUAUCUAAAAUCCCAGAAAAUAUAAACUAAUUUAUAGAUCAGAGGUGGCCAGGGAAUGGGGUGCAGGGUUUAAGGGAGAGGGUGGAAUUGCCAAGGGCACAAGGAACAAAGAAAGCCUUAGGGAUGAUGGCUAUGUCCGUCAGCUAGAUUGUGGUGAUGGCUUCACAGUGGAAUACCUAUGUCAAAACUUAUACUCUGCACAUUAAAUAUGUGCAGUUUAUCAUCAGUCAAUAAAACUAUUGGAAAAAA